CGUGUUCAACUUUUGACCAGGAAAGGAGCACCGGCUAAGCAGGGCUUCUUGUAGUGGGAGCUGCAUCUCUGCCACUGGCACCUCGCACCCGUGAGAGUCUGUACCUCGCCAACGCCUCUCUCUUGUUCCUGUCCAGCACACAUAACAGACAGCGAGUCCUCAAGCCCAAGGAGGGUUCUUUUUGGCGUCUAUAAGGCUCGGAGUCCUCGUUUCUUUUCCAUUUAAUCAGAGGGGGCAGUAGAAACCUUAAUAACAGACGGCGUGAUGAUGGCUGUCGAAACCCAAGCGCAAUAUACCACUUCGUAUAUGAUGAGCGAGGAGCAUCAGUACAUGUCUCCCGAGGAUGAGUGGGACAGGGAUCUACUGCUGGACCCCGCCUGGGAGAAACAGCAGAGAAAGACUUUCACAGCGUGGUGCAACUCCCACUUGAGGAAGGCAGGCACACAGAUCGAGAACAUCGAGGAGGACUUCAGGAAUGGCCUCAAGCUCAUGCUGCUUCUGGAGGUCAUCUCAGGUGAGAGACUGCCCAAACCAGACAAAGGCAAGAUGCGUUUCCACAAGAUCGCUAAUGUCAACAAAGCCCUCGACUUCAUCUGCAGCAAGGGAGUCAAGUUGGUGUCCAUUGGAGCUGAGGAGAUCGUUGACGGGAACGUGAAGAUGACCCUGGGAAUGAUCUGGACCAUCAUCCUGCGCUUCGCCAUCCAGGACAUCUCCGUGGAGGAGACCUCUGCUAAGGAGGGUCUUCUUCUGUGGUGCCAGAGGAAGACUGCCCCCUACAGGAAUGUAAAUGUGCAGAACUUCCACAUUAGUUGGAAGGAUGGCCUGGCUCUGUGCGCCCUCAUCCACAGACACAGACCUGACCUCAUUGACUACUCCAAACUGAGAAAGGAUGAUCCCAUCGGUAACCUCAACGCGGCCUUCGAAGUGGCUGAGAAGUACCUGGACAUCCCCAAGAUGCUCGAUGCUGAAGAUAUCGUGAACACCCCCAAACCUGAUGAGAAGGCCAUCAUGACCUACGUGUCCUGCUUCUACCACGCCUUCGCCGGAGCCGAACAGGCUGAGACAGCAGCCAACAGGAUCUGUAAGGUGCUGGCUGUGAACCAGGAGAACGAGAAACUCAUGGAGGAGUAUGAGAAGUUGGCCAGUGAGCUCCUGGAGUGGAUCCGUAAAACCAUCCCGUGGCUGGAGAACCGCGUGGCCGAGCAGCACAUGAGGGCCAUGCAGCAGAAACUGGAGGACUUCCGGGACUACCGCCGCGUCCACAAGCCGCCCCGCGUCCAGGAGAAGUGCCAGCUGGAGAUCAACUUCAACACCCUGCAGACCAAGCUGAGGCUGAGCAACAGGCCCGCCUUCAUGCCCUCCGAGGGGAAGAUGGUCUCGGACAUAGCCAACGCCUGGAAGGGUCUGGAGCAGGUGGAGAAGGGCUACGAGGAGUGGCUGCUCACCGAGAUCAGGCGCCUGGAGAGACUGGACCACCUGGCCGAGAAGUUCAAGCAGAAGUGUUCCUUGCACCAGGCCUGGACCGCAGGUAAGGAGGACCUGCUCUCCAUGAAGGACUAUGAGUCAGCGUCUCUGAUGGAGAUCAGGGCUCUGAUGAGAAAACACGAGGCAUUCGAGUCCGACCUGGCCGCACACCAGGACAGAGUGGAGCAGAUCGCCGCCAUCGCACAGGAACUCAACGAGCUGGACUACCAUGAUGCUGCCUCCAUCAACACCUGCUGCCAGGGCAUCUGUGACCAGUGGGACACCCUGGGCACCCUCACCCAGAAGAGGAGAGACUCUCUGGAGCGUGUGGAGAAACUGUGGGAGACCAUUGACCAGCUGUACCUGGAGUUCGCCAAGAGGGCGGCGCCAUUCAACAACUGGAUGGACGGAGCCAUGGAAGACCUGCAGGACAUGUUCAUCGUCCACAGCAUUGAGGAGAUCCAGUCUCUGAUCACAGCCCAUGACCAGUUCAAGGCCACUCUACCAGAGGCUGACAAGGAGCGCAUUGCCACCUUGGGCAUCCAGAACGAGAUUCUCAAGAUCGCUCAGACCUAUGGCAUCAAGCUGUCAGGAGUGAACCCCUACACCAACCUGUCCGCUCAGGACAUCACCAACAAGUGGGACGCAGUGAAGCACCUCGUUCCUCUCAGGGACCAGAUGCUGCAGGAGGAGGUUGCAAGGCAGCAGUCUAACGAGAGGCUGAGGCGCCAGUUCGCUGCCCAGGCCAACAUCAUUGGACCCUGGAUCCAGACCAAGAUGGAGGAGAUCGGUCAUGUGUCUGUGGACAUCGCUGGGUCACUCGAGGAACAGAUGAACAGCCUGAAGCAGUAUGAGCAGAGCAUCAUCAACUACAAGAGCAACAUUGACAAGCUGGAGGGAGACCACCAGCUGAGCCAGGAGUCCCUCAUCUUCGACAACAAGCACACCAAUUAUACCAUGGAGCACAUCCGUGUGGGCUGGGAGCAGCUCCUGACCACCAUCGCCCGCACCAUCAACGAGGUGGAGAACCAGAUCCUGACCCGCGACGCCAAGGGCAUUAGCCAGGAACAACUCAACGAGUUCAGGGCCUCCUUCAACCACUUCGACAGGAAACGGCAUGAUGGAUCCAGACGACUUCCGUGCCUGUCUCAUCUCCAUGGGUUACGAUCUGGUGAGUGGCCUAGCGGCGAGGUGGAGUUUGCCCGUAUUAUGACCCUGGUGGAUUCCAACAACACAGGCGUGGUCACCUUCCAGGCCUUCAUUGACUUCAUGACCCGCGAGACGGCCGAGACAGACACUGCUGAUCAAGUCAUGGCCUCCUUCAAGAUUCUGGCCUCAGACAAGCCCUACAUCACAGUGGAGGAGCUGCGCAGGGAGCUGCCCCCGGAGCAGGCCGAGUACUGCAUCAGCCGCAUGACCAGGUACGUGGGAGCCGACAGUUCACCCGGAGCCCUGGACUACAUCUCCUUCUCCAGCGCACUCUACGGAGAGAGUGACUUGUAAAGCCUCUCUCCCCCUCUUCUCCCAUCAUCUUCCCCCCUCUUCUGUAUGAAGAGAGCCACUUGAAAAACCCCCUCUCCUCCUCCUUCCUUCCUCUCCCUCCUACGCGGAGAGGGAUUUAUACACCCCUUCCCCCUCUUCGCCCUCUUCCUCACUCUUCCUCACUAUCUUCCCCUCGGUUCCCCCGGAGGUUCCUUCAUUUUAAACCCUCCCCGAUGUCGCUCCCACUGCCCAGCGAGGAUAAAAGAGCGGGAGGCUUUGUUUCAGCGAGCUGUGUCCUUUUUGUUUAGAUCCGGCUUGAUAUGUUGAAAUGUAACUGUCAUCCCUUUCUCAUCAGUCUCUCAUCCGUGCGUUUCCCCAAACGGAGCCCGACGGGCCAGAAUACAUGGUGUCUCACAAUCCGGUUGGCAAAAUAAAGCCCAUAAGUGAGAUCAGCCAGACAGAGCGGGGUCCAGAAUAAAAGGAUGAAAGGGGGAAUAUAAAAAUGCAAAUGAAAAUGUUACACUAGCUCGGUGAGCAGAGCCCCCCGCUCAACACAUUUCCUCCUUUUAAGAAUAUUAAAAUUAAAUAUAUUAUAAAAUAUUUUUUUGUAGAUGGCUUAAAAAGAAGUGUAUGAAAAAGGUUGGUUGGUUGUGUAUUUAUGCAGAUGCAUGUUGUGUUUAUAGUAAAAACGCUGUCCAUGUUGAACGGUGGAGUCCCCCCUAUACCCAGAACCCUUCACAACCCUCCCUCAACCCCCGUACAAACCCCGGGCCCUUCCCAUUUGUUCGUUACGUUCUCGCAAUGUUUUCAUCACGCUGGGAUUUAAUGUAAGGAGUCCCACAACAUACGUGUUGAGUUAUUGUCCUACUAAGACUGUAGGCACUAUGUCAGAAAGCCAUGCCAUCUCAACUUCACGUUCAACUCCACAGACAGACUAAGAGAGAUUAAAGGAAAGGCCGUACUUCUGCAUUGUCAACCAUUAAUGUUAUGUUAACAUUAGUUGUUAAUUAUUAAAUUUAGCCUCUGUAAACUAUAGACCAAAAUUUGGAAUUACAAGGAGCCAUUUUGGAGUAAGUUAAUCAUGUAGAUAUCUAUUAUCUAUCCCAUAGAGCCCAUAGGCCUAACAACCUAAGCAAUGAACUGCUAGAGAGUUGAGGACACUGACAGGAAGGCUCCUUUUUAUUUGGCAGAAAGGGUGGGGACGCUGAUAGGAAGGCUCCAUUUGAUUGGAUGAAUGGGUGAGGACGCUGACAGGAAGGCUCCUUUUGAUUGGAGGACAGGGAAGGGAAGAGUAUUAGUGGCCUCUCUCUGUCAUCCCUCCACCCCUCCAUUGUCACUUUAUCAUAUGUACAUAUAUUUUAUAUUAUCAUAUUAUUAUAUAUUUUAUAAAAUAUUUCAUAUGUACUAUCCAAUCAUGAUGUGCUCGCUGUGCAUUUUAAGGGGAGAGAGAGACAAAGAGAGGCAUUAAGUAGACCGACCGACAGGACAUCAGUUAAAGUUCUGGAGAUGAAGGAAUAUGGGUGAAGAGAAGGUGGUACCCUGAGGUUAUGCCCGGGCUUUGUCCAAAAUGGCACCCAAUUCCCCAUACCGGUUCCGGUUAACAAAAGUGCACUACGUGGGUAUCAGAGUGCCAGUUUUGGACAGAGCCCCACUGUGGCCUAUCUGUAUAUGAACGUAAAUGUUUAGAAUGUGGUCCAGUUCAAGGAGAGGGUUGCUACGCUCUAGGCCCACCUACCAUGGCCACACUGCCAGGGUCUAACAACCACAGCAUAUGAUGGAGACACCUAAUGGCCAACUGCUCUGUCCAUGAAUUGGCACAAAACCACUGGUUCAUGCAUUGGUUCUUUAUUCAAGUUGCCCUGGAUUGUAGCCAUGUUUAAAACCAAACUAAAUGAUGUCAUCCAUGAAUCAGGUAUGGAUUUGCUGACAGAGGGGACAUCUCAAAACCACAGCCUGUAUGUUAAGGCAGUUUAUUCCGGUUCCUGGAUAUCUACUGUCCUCUAGGUUUUCUCUAACCCCAAUCUAGCAAAGCUAUUCUAAUAGCUGGAUGUACAGCUAAAACAGUUCAUCAGAAGUGGGUUUGGAUAGAGUUGCGACAGGACGGUAGAUCUCCAGGAACAGGGUUGGGCAGCCCUGUUCUAUGUUGUGCACUGAAUAAGAACUUGAAAGAAGUAGGGAAGUCCACUAUACAGGGAAUAGUGGGUCAUUUGGGACUGAGACAAAAGUUGUGGAUGAUUUCUAUCUCUUCUUGGUGUAUUCUCCUAUUAUGAACUCAUCGUCCUCCCCUUGUCCCGUCCUCCACUCUUAUAUCCCCCACUCCACAAGCUAGCCGCCUCACGAUCCAUUUCAAAGUAAAAGACUUACACCUUUGAGUAAAUAAAAAGUAAAACUAUAUUAAUA